AUGAAAUAUGUCAAUCUUCUCCAUUUCUGGUGGAUCCCUCGUGGUGUGAUAAUUACGACGGCCGAUCAGGCUCCGGCUUUUGACGUGCUUAACUCUUCGCGCAUGGUAGGAGGUGGCGUUGAUCGGCAUCUCUUCGUCCUGUACGUACUUUCUCAAGGUACCCUCAUCUCUAGUCCAUUCCUCGACCACUACAUCGCUCAGAAGUGGUUACUGUCUACGUCACAUGUCCCAAAUGUAACAAACCAGAUAGAUGAAGAUGUGGAACCAUGGAGAACUUGGAGUGGAGCAUGUUUCGGAGCAGUAGCAAAAACGGGUUACGGAGUUUGUUACCGAUUUGGUGGUAACCACACUAUCCUAGCUCACAUCAGCAGCUACAAGUCAGCAGAGAAUACGGAUUCUGCGAUAUUCCGCGGUCAUCUCGAAACAGCUUUCCGUGAAAUGGCAGAGCUUUUUGGUGGAGCCACUUAA